UUGACGCGGAUGUAACCUGUAAAGAUAGCACCACCUCCCGAUCCUUUUGUUACCCUGUGAUACCCUGGUAAUUUGUACAUAAGUGUACUGAUUUCAGGGAGAAGUUGCUUCUUCAGACUCACCAUCACUUCUGACGGGACCCUCCGGAGGAAAAUAAUCAAUUCAAUAUUGAUACACACCCAACUAAAAAGUAAUUUUACAGGGACGUCACAAUGCUACGGAUUUACUUGUGCUUGAGUGUUGUUGUCAACGUGGCCGUCUCGCAGGAGGCUGAGGAACCCAUCUCAUACACGUGCACAGAUGGCUAUACAUUUGACAUGGAACGACAAGAAUGCAAAGACAUCAACGAGUGUACCACGGUGGCCGACGCCUGCAAGGGCGGCAUGAGGUGCAUCAACCAUUUCGGAGGCUACUUCUGCCUGCCCCAGAAUGCCCAGAUCAUCGUCAGUAAUGGAGACGACGAGCCCACCGUGGCCCCUCUGGUGGAGGAACAGCGUCCUCUGGCACCUGCCCCUGCUCUGCCUGUCCGACGGGUCAUCCAGAGCCCCUUCCAAAGCCAGGGCACCAUGCAGUGUGCCGCUGGGUUUGUGGUGGACGAGCUCAACUACUGCCGUGAUGUGAACGAGUGUGAGGGGAGCAACCCCUGUCAGCACCAGUGCUACAACAUCAUGGGCUCCUUCAUCUGCCAGUGUGAGCAGGGUUAUGAGCUAGCCUCUAACCAAGCCUCCUGCCAAGAUAUCGACGAAUGCGCCUUCUCGAGUUACAUGUGCCAGUGGCAGUGCGUGAAUCAGCCUGGAGGAUAUGUCUGUGCCUGUCCCGAGGGAUACCAGCUCCAAGGCAACCGAAUGUGCCAAGACAUAGAUGAGUGUGAAACAGGAAACAACUGCCGCGAGGACGAGAUGUGUUGGAACUACUUUGGCGGUUUCCGCUGCUACCCCAGGAACCCUUGCCAUGAGCCCUAUGUGAAGACAGGAGAGGGGCGUUGCAGCUGCCAGUCGCCCACAGUGUGCAGAGGCCUGCCGCCGUCCAUCGUCUACAAGUACAUGAGCAUCUCGUCGGAGCGCUCCGUCCCAGCCGACAUCUUCCAGAUCCAGGCCACGAGCGUCUACCCUAACAUGCACAACACCUUCAGGGUCAAGUCUGGCAACGAGGGAGGGGAGUUCUUCCUCAGGCGCUCCAGUAACGUCAGCGCCAUGCUGGUGAUGACCAAGCCGCUGACCGGACCGCGGGAGCACGUGGUCGACCUGGAGAUGGUCACCCACAACAAUGCCCUCAACUACCGCUCCAGCUCUCUGCUCCGGCUCACCAUCAUCGUGGGACCCUAUGCCUUCUAAGUUCCAGUUAUAAAUUGCUCUUAGGCACUGAUCUUAGAUCAGUUUACCUGUCCCCAUAUCUCAUAUUAUCCAUUAGUGGAUAAAAUGCAAAACUACUCAGCCCUCUUACUCCCUGCCAGACCCUCACAGGGCCUAACACUCUCUGUACUGCUUGGAUCUAAUAGAGAUAUCCACAUACUCCAUGCAAGGGUUUCCCAUUCCUGGUCCUUGUCCUGUUUUGGCCAGUUUUCAUUCAAAUUGAUGGCUGUAUAAAUUGUGAUUGAAUGUAUAUUGUCUAAUCUGCUGGUUGAGCACUGGACUGGGUGAAAUUGUUUUGUUUUAGCUCAAAGUGUGUAUUCCUUUCUUAGAGAAGGAACCAUUGGAUAAUUGCAGUGAAAACCAACACACACACACACAGAGCACAUACUGUAGGAGCAGGAGGGUGAAAUAGCCAGGCCACAAAAUAGUCAUUUUAUGCAUCACUGGCUAACGAUAACAUUGUAAGAGCAUAACGUGACUUAAAUUGAACACAAGUCCUUAUUCAUCCCUUGCUAAAUGUAUGUAUUGCAGAGUAGUAGGAGUUCUCAUUACAUUGAAAUCUUUGUGAAAUCUCAACCUUAGUCGUCUAGUCAAGAUGUGUUUUCCUGUAGAGAAAUUACCAGUGUUUGAAAUCACACUUGCCCUUUUUUAUCUUUUACCAUAGUUGCCAAGUGAGGUUCACAAUCACAUCGUAUCCCCUUUAAAGAUCACUGAUUUUGUUUGUUUGGAGAGCUUUUCACUUAUGUAGUUGAAAAGAAAUGUACAGUAAUGCAAUGUGAUGUCACUAUAAAUACCAAUUGUCUUUGAAAAGAGA